AUGUCAGAAGCUUUACUCACCAUUAUGAGGCUGGUGCAAAAAGAGGAGUUCCCCGAUUUAUAUCAUGUUUUGGAAGAAAAGGUGGAGAAACGGAACAAGUACAGUGGAUUGGCCCCAUUUAUCGGAACGGACGGGCUGAUCAGAGUAGGAGGCCGACUUAAAUAUUCACAGAUUCCGUACGACGGAAGGCACCAGAUUCUGCUACCCGAGAAGCACCAUGUGACGAAUGCUCUCAUUCGACAGUUGCAUGAAAACAAUUUUCACGUCGGACAGCGCGGACUAUUAUCCAUUGUACGUGAACGAUAUUGGCCUGUAAACGCAGGCAUGUUGAAUCAUUUCCAAAUGCUACGUGUGCUGUCGACACAGCCCUCAACCAGCCCUAUAUAUUUGAAGGAAACAGGAAGAAAGACCGUAGUGUACAAGGCUUACAUAUGUGUAUUUAUAUGUAUGGCUACCAAGGCCAUCCAUCUGGAAGUGGUUUCGAAUUUAACGGCAGCAAAUUUCAUCGCUGCUCUACAGCGGUUUAUCAGUCGACGAGGUAUAGUGGCCAAUUUGUAUUCCGAUAAUGGCACUACGUUCGUUGGUGCUGAUCAUGAAUUAGCAGCUCUUCGCAAACUUUUCGAAGAUCAGGCACAACAAAGGAAAUUAAAGGAUUUCUGUGUUUCGAAGGGAAUCCAAUGGCACUUUAUACCCCCUCGCAGCCCUCACUUCGGUGGCAUCUGGGAGGCUGGAGUAAAAUCGACGAAAUACCAUUUGAAACGAGUGGUUGGUGAAACCAAACUAACUUUCGAGGAAAUGAUGACUUUCCUCACACAGUGUGAAGCAAUCUUGAAUAGCCGGCCACUAAUUCCGGUUUCCAACGAUCCAAACGAUCUUGAAGUGCUAACACCAUCUCAUUUUCUUAUUCAGAGACCGGCAUUAAGUAUUCCAGAGCCAUCCUACGAUGAAGUGAAGGUUGGUCGACUCAGUCGUUGGCAACAUGUACAACUGAUGAAGGAACACUUCUGGAAGCGUUGGUCGGUCGAAUACUUGCACCACCUACAAUCACGGCCCAAAUGGCAUAGAGGAGUGACGCAGAUUGAGAUCGGUAAAAUGGUGGUACUGAAGGACAACAAUGCCCCGCCUCACCACUGGCGCAUGGGACGUAUCGUGGCAACUCAUCCCGGACCUGAUGGAAUCGUACGGGUGGUAACCGUCAAGACGGCGACAUCGGAAUUUCGGCGAGCUGUAACGGAGAUCUGCAUGCUUCCUUCGGUUGAUCCGGAGGAUUCAACGGGGGGAGAAUGA